AUGACUUUUAACAAUAUUGAUGAGAUAGUUGUCUAUUAUAGAGAAUAUGGGAAGCAAUUAGGGAUUCCUGUGAGGAAGAGAACAUCACAAAAGGGAGAUGAGGGAGAAUUGAAAUAUGUGACUAUUUCAUGUGGUCAAGAAGGCAAAUAUAAAAGUAAAUCAAGUAAUGUCCUAAAGCCACAUCCAAGUAUAAAAACUGGUUGCAAAGCUAGAGUAAGAGCAGGUAUACUUUUAGAUGGAAGGUGGCAAAUCAACUUUAUCAAGCUUGAUCAGAACCAUGAUAUGAGUCCAACCAAGGCUCGUUAUUUUCGAUGUCAUCGGACAAUAAGUUCAGAUGUGAAAAGGAGGAUUGAGUUAAAUGAUAAAGCUGGAGUAAGGUUAAACAAGAGCUAUAAUCCAUUAGUGGUUGAAGCUGGGGUCCAUGAGAAUAUCUCAUUUUUGGAAAAGGAUUGUAGAAAUUAUAUUGAAAAUGUGAGACGAUUACGGCUUGGGGAAGGCGAUGCUACUGCAAUCCAAACUUAUUUUUUGAAUAUGCAAGCUCAAAAUUCAAAUUUCUUCUAUGCAAUUGAUUUAGAUCAAGAUGGUCGUUUAAGAAAUGUAUUUUGGGUAGAUGCAAGAAGUAGGGCGAUAUAUGAGGAAUUUGGAGAUGUUGUUACAUUUGAUACAACGUACUUGACGAAUAAGUAUGACAUGUCAUUUGCUCCAUUUGUGGGGUUAAAUCAUCAUAGGCAAUCAAUUUUACUUGGAUGUGGGCUGAUUUCAAGUGAAGAUACUGAUGCUUUUAUUUGGUUGUUUAAGUCUUGGCUUGCAUGUAUGCAUGAGCACGCUCCUAGGGGAAUAAUUACUGAUCAAGAUAAAGCCAUGAAAAAUGCCAUUGAGAUUAUUUUUCCUAAUACUAGACAUCGUUGGUGCUUGUGGCACAUAAUGAACAAGUUUCCUAGUAAGUUGAACCGUUACAAGCAAUAUGAAGCUAUUAUGUAUGCCUUGCAAAGUAUUGUGUAUGACUCAUUGGAGAAGGUUGAGUUUGAAGAAGAUUGGGAUGAAAUAAUUGAGAAAUAUGAGUUACAAGACAAUGAAUGGUUGGUUGGACUAUAUAAUGAGAGACAACAUUGGUUUGUGGAGCAAUAUGAAAAUGCAUUGAAAGUUAAGGUGCAAAUGGAGAAGCAAGAAGAUUUUAAGUCUUCAUCCAUUGGUUUUGAUUGUGGAACUCAUUAUAACAUGGAGAAACAUGCUCAAGAGGUUUACACUAUUUCCAAAUAUAAAGAAUUCCAUGAUGAAUUAAUAGGCAAAAUGUAUUGCGACUAUGUUUCACAUAAAGUGAAUGGUGCAAAUUUUGAGUACCAAAUAUAUGAGGAUUUCAUGAUGGAAGGGAAAAAAGAGAGGCUCUAUUUCAAGCACAACGAUGUCAUGAGAUGCAAAAAGGCUUUUGAUGAGAUUAAGGAAUUGGCAAAUGAUUCUGACAAUAAGUGCAUGAUUGUGAUGACUUGGAUGGAUAAUGUAAAGGAGGAACUCUCCAAACAUAAUGUUUUUGGUGGUAGUGAUCAACCAAAUCCUCAGUCACCUAUUGGUAGGAACAUUGAGAAUGAUGAUUUGCAGCUAACAGAAUUUGAUGAUACUUGCCAUAUUGUUGGUUCAUCUACUUCUAAAGGUGAUGGUGUAGUUGGAACACAAGAGAGCAUUACUAUGCAGUACGAAAUUCGUAUUGGCAUUUCCUAG